AAGGUGCUGGCGAGGGAGUGAGGAGAGUAUUCAGGAUGAAUUACGUGGGGCAGAUAGCAGGCUCCGUGCUGGGCCGAGUAUGGGAUAUGUAUAAUGCAGUGAAUCCAGCAACGCUGACUGGAUCCAUUGAUGUAGUGGUUGUGAGACAGCCAGACGGCUCCUUCCUAUCAUCUCCGUUCCAUGUACGCUUUGGAAAACUUGGAGUUCUGCGUUCUGCUGAGAGAGUGGUUGAUAUUGAGGUGAAUGGAGAACCUGUGGAUCUACAGAUGACACUUGGGGAAAACGGAGAAGCUUUCUUCAUUCAGGAGUUGGAGGAGAGUAAGGACUCUCAGGAACUCAGUCACUACAGCGCAGACCCUCUUUAUCCUCAGAGCCAUCCUCCUAUGUGUGAAAAUAAAGACCCGGCUCUUCCUCCUUCUCCCCAUCUUGUCCAUUCAGUGACUUCUGCAGAGAGCCCAACCCGAAGGCAGCGUUGGCUUAAGCGGGUAGCCAGGAAGAAAGAAGGUGAUGCAGCUGAAGAAAAAGACAGCAUGCCGUCAGCCUGUGACUCCGUGUAUUUUUCAUUUUCUGAAAUCCCAGAUGAACGCUCUCCAUCCAAAUCUAGGAAUUCCUUUAACUUGUCUGAUGAGGAGCAAGAGUUGUGCCCUACAAGCCGUUCUCCUUCACCCAAAAGUGACUCUGAGCUGGAAGUGAGAGUCCCCAACUCGCCUUUAGCAAAACAUUCCAUGGAGUGGGACUGGGGAAUGCUCCCUCAGGUCUCACGGACAGAUUUAGCCGUGCCCCAAAUGUCACAGAGUGCCCCACCAAGCCCCACAAACAGAGACCCUCCGCAGCUAUCCCCAAAUAUAACAUAUUUAGAUGAUUGUCUGGCUACAGUGCAAAAGGAAAUAGAUCCAUUAAGUGGUGCUGCUGCACAGCUCCAGGAUAAGAGUGUUUCAGAAACCGUGAUCAAAGCCUCUUCUCUGACACCCGAUGACAUGUUGUCUCCUGACUCCCAGGAAGUCUCUCUUUACUUCCCAAACAGUGAACCACAUCCUCCUCCUCCUCCACAGCAAUCUGAGGAGACAACAGAGCAGAUGUCUAACGAAGAUGCAGGAUCUUGGGAUAAGAUCCGUGAAGAUAACAUUGCCCUUUCAUUGUGUGGGGGACUUGCAGACACCUGGGACAUUCCUGAGGACAAAUUUAUGGAGCACCAGGUUUCAUACUCUCAAUUUUGCCAAAAUCCAUCCCUGAUAGAGGAUCCUCGGCUUGUGCUACGGAUACACAGCAGGUUCUAUAACUGGGCAACUGCUGCCCCAAUAAUCCUUUGCAUGCAAGUUUUCAACCAAGAUCUGCCUCCGGCAGUGAUUGAACAGCUUAACCAACGAAAGAUGCCCCCCAGGUCUCGUGGCUGGUGGUUUUCAUGGCGGAGAAGGGACCAUGAAUUCCAGUCAGUGAGAAAUCAAGCAAUGAAUUCUGGGGUUACAUCAAGAUCAGGAAAAGAGCCAUUGUCCAAUACUCAGGAGUUUGAGGAGCAGCAGAAGAAAUGUGAAACCAGUGGGUUAGAGAACCAACGUAAAAUUGAAUCUGAGCCUGCUGUGGUCCCUGCAAAGCAACAGUCGUAUCAGAGGUCCUUGCGUCUGACUUCUGAGCAGAUAAAGAGUCUGAACCUGGAGGAGGGAGCUAACGAGGUUGUAUUUAGUGUGUGCACUAAAUUUCAGGGUACAACACGAUGUAGAGCUCACAUCUUCUUGUGGAACAGUGAAGAUCGCAUCAUUGUGAGUGACAUUGAUGGCACUGUUACCAGAUCAGAUGCACUUGGGCACAUUUUGCCACAACUUGGGAAGGACUGGACUCAGCCAGGAAUUGUCCAACUCUAUCGUGCAAUUCACAUGAAUGGCUAUAGAUUCAUAUAUUGCUCUGCACGUUCAGUGGGUCUGGCGGAGCUCACAAAGGGGUAUCUACAGGGGGUGCGUGCAGAAGGCUACACUCUCCCACUUGGACCGCUCCUUUUGUCCCCUAGUAGCCUCUUCACUGCCCUACACAGAGAGGUUAUAGAAAAAGCCCCAGAGCGCUUCAAGAUUUCCUGCCUCUCUGACAUCCGGCAACUCUUUACAGACCCUCAGCCUUUUUAUGCUGCCUUUGGAAAUCGAACAAAUGAUGUUAUGGCUUACAAGCAAGUGGGGGUGCCCGAAUCUCGAAUCUUCACUGUGAACCCACAAGGGGUACUGACUCAAGAGCUAAAUCCUAGCUUUAAAUCCUCGUACUCUGCUCUCAAAGAAUUAGUGAACGUCAUGUUCCCUCCUUUGGCCACUGAUUCAGUCACCUCACUGCUAUCUUCAGAUUUCAACAGCUUUUCAUUCUGGAGAACACCUGUGCUUGAAAUCAACGAAGAACAUCUUGGCAGAGGUCUUCUAGAAACUGGACCUCUACUAUUCUUGAAAUAGACUUGAAACCACCCCCUGACAAGAGGUGCUAAGGACACACAUCUCUUAACUUCUCUUUAUAGAGAGAUUGCUGGACGUUUAGUUUUUCAUCAUAGCAAUAAAAAAAACUUUGUCAUGCA